GCUAAAAUUUGAUGAUGAUAGAGUUAUACCCGUAACUGAUAAAGAAGUACUUGAAAAUAAUUAUGGGAGCGGACUCUCAAGUGCAUAUGUAUUAGUAUAUAUCCGUGAGUCUGAUAUCGACAAUGUAUUAUCUCCAAUGCAUCCUGAAGAUAUACCGAAAAAUUUGCAAAGACAUCUCGAUGAGCAGGAAAAGAAAGAAUCAGAAGAAAAAAAAUAUUUGUUGUAUGUCAAGAUUGCAACCUCAAAGACUCUUAAUCUCCACCAAGAUUAUGGUGUUGCUAAUUUUAAUGAUCCGCUAUCUAAAGUUCCACAAUUUGAA